GGAGCGAUACAAGAUGACAGCAGCGGUAGAGUCAAGCAUACAAGUCGGAGAGCCAUCGUCUGCGGUGACAAGGUCUCAGCAAUUUGCUUCGGCGUUCGAUGGCUACCGAAGCGAGAUUGACGCACACAACGAUCGUCGAGAACGUCUCAUCAAAACCUCGCGGGACGUCACGAACCUCUCGAAAAAGCUCAUCUUUCACCUCCACCGCAUGCCUCCUCCGACUCCAACCGCUGCCAAUGACCCGCCCCGCCAGCCGACAAAGAUGGAGAAGGAGGCUCAAAGCAAGAUCGAUGAGAUCGUCAACAUCGUAAAGAGGGUAGCAUAUGAGGAAGAUCUGGACCGCAUCGGGCAGCAAUGUAUCAGGUACGAAAGGAAUCUGGGCGGGGGACUGGAAGAGUUCAUUGAGGCCAUAUCCUUUCACCACUUUCUACUCCACGGCAAGCUCAUCACCCUCGAAGAAGUGCAAGACCUCUUCAUCAUCUCUCCUUCAACCUCAAUUGUGGGUUCAAAUGGCCAGCCUCUUACGAUCCCAGCAACUUUCCUCUUUCCUGUCCCCUCGCAUCGCUACCUCCUAGGCAUUUCAGACCUGACGGGAGAGCUGAUGAGGUUUGCUACCAAUGCACUUGGCGGAGGUGGUGGCAAAGGCACAAGCGACCCUGCCAGUGUAGUCAGGAGCGUCUUGAGCUUGCUCAGAGAGAUCAGAGAAGCCCUUGAGCCAUUCACCUUUCUGGUGCAGGACAUGAGGAAAAAGCAGGCAGUCACGACGCAGUCUCUCAGGAAGAUUGAGGAUCUCUCAUACCAAUUGUCCAUUCGAACCUCUGAGUUCGGCGGCGAUGAAAAGGCAGUCAGGGAGAUGCUCAGAAGAGCGUUGGAAGGAGGCAGCGGACCCAGCAGGGAUGACGAAGACGAGUGAACCAAAGGCUGGCACGCGCGAUGAGGU